CCGCGGCGGUGGCGGUUGUGGGUGCGUGCGGGAGCCGCAGAGACCCGGCGCCGCCGCGGCUGCAGCAGGAAGAGUCGCAGCCGACUCGCCGCGACGCCCGCAGGGAGCGUCCGGAAUCCGAGAGGGAGAGAAGGCUGAGGAGACGCCGCGGCAGAGGGCGCCUUCGGAGUCGCGCCCAACCCGGCCAUGCAGGCGACGCCCCCCAGGGGCGGCUCGCGGCUGGACGGGGGCGGGAGGGGUCGCGGAGCGGCGGCGGAGCCCGGCACGAUGAGCGGCGAUGGCGGCUCCAACUUCAGGCGGGUGGCGAUCCGGAGGAAGUCCAACCCCUCCUACCUGCCGCCCGGAGUCCCCCGGCCCUGGAGCAGGUCCGUGUCGCACCCGGGACGGGCAGGGGCGGCUGCCUUCAGGGGCCAGGUGCCCGCAGGCGCCACAGGCAGCAGUACCUGUCCAAAUAUCGCUUUAGUUCCACCUUGUUUCACAAGCAGCACAACCACACUGGUUGAUGAGAAUGUAUCUAACGAAGACGCUCAGGGAAUAAAUGGGAACAGGCCAGCGAAACACUCAGCUGCAAGUCCAAAGCCACAAGUGCCUCCAAAGCCAUUACACCUGCAGAAUUCACCUUCGUCCAAUAUACACCAAACCCCCAAGCAUAAAGCUUUACCUAGUGCAAAACCAAGGAUGGAGGAAAUUAAACCUGCCUCUGCUUCUUGUGUCUCAAAAGAAAAACCCAGUAAAGUAUCAGAUCUCAUCAGUCGCUUUGAAGGAGGCAGCUCAUUAUCAAAUUAUAGUGAUUUGAAGAAAGAUUCUGCUGUGAACUUAAAUGUUCCUAGAACCCCAGGAAGGCAUGGAUUGACAACCACACCUCAACAAAAACUCCUGUCCCAGCACUUGCCACGGAGGAAGGGCCAUGAUACAGAUCAGACUCAGGAUGCACAGACUUGUGUGGCCAACGGUGUGAUGGCAGCACAAAACCAGAUGGAAUGUGAGGAGGAGAAAGCUGCCACUUUUAGCCCAGAUACUUCUAUUCAGGCUUCUGAACCCUUGCUUGAAACGCACAUAGUGAAUGGAGAAAGAGAUGAAACUGCCACAGCUCCUGCAUCACCUGCAACAAAUGACUGCGAUGGAAAUGCUUCUGACAGUAGCUACAGGACUCCAGGCAUAGGUCCAGUGCUCCCCGUAGAAGAAGGAGGGGCAGAAACUGAAGCCAAGGUACAAGAGAGGGAAAAUGGGGAAAGCCCUCUGGACCUGGAGCAGCUGGACCAGCACCAUGAGAUGAAGGAGACUAAUGAGCAAAAACUUCACAAAAUAGCCAAUGAACUUUUGCUUACCGAAAGAGCUUAUGUCAACCGGCUAGACCUCUUAGAUCAGGUAUUUUAUUGCAAACUGUUGGAAGAAGCAAACCGAGGCUCAUUUCCAGCAGAGAUGGUGAAUAAAAUCUUUUCUAAUAUUUCAUCAAUAAAUGCCUUCCAUAGUAAAUUCCUCUUGCCAGAGCUGGAGAAACGAAUGCAAGAAUGGGAAACUACCCCUAGAAUUGGAGAUAUCCUUCAGAAAUUGGCACCAUUUCUUAAGAUGUAUGGAGAAUAUGUGAAAGGAUUUGAUAAUGCAAUGGAAUUGGUUAAGAACAUGACAGAACGUAUUCCCCAGUUCAAAUCAUUGGUUGAAGAAAUUCAGAAACAGAAAAUCUGUGGGAGCUUAACUUUGCAGCAUCACAUGCUAGAACCUGUUCAGCGGAUUCCCCGGUAUGAGAUGCUCCUUAAGGACUAUCUAAGGAAAUUGCCUCCUGAUUCCCUGGACUGGAAUGAUGCUAAAAAAUCACUUGAAAUUAUAUCUACAGCAGCAAGCCAUUCUAAUAGUGCAAUAAGAAAAAUGGAGAACCUAAAGAAACUCUUAGAGAUUUAUGAAAUGUUGGGAGAAGAAGAAGACAUUGUAAAUCCUUCAAAUGAACUAAUAAAAGAAGGGCAGAUCCUCAAACUAGCAGCUCGGAACACAUCAGCACAAGAACGCUAUCUUUUCUUAUUCAACAACAUGUUGCUGUACUGUGUGCCCAGAUUCAGCUUGGUAGGCUCUAAAUUCACAGUUCGAACCAGGGUUGGAAUUGAUGGAAUGAAAAUUGUGGAGACUCAAAAUGAAGAAUAUCCACAUACUUUCCAGGUAUCUGGGAAAGAGAGAACACUGGAACUGCAGGCCAGUUCUGCACAAGACAAAGAAGAAUGGAUCAAGGCCCUUCAAGAAACCAUCGAUGCUUUUCAUCAAAGGCAUGAAACCUUCAGAAAUGCAAUUGCAAAGGAUAAUGACAUUCAUUCAGAGGUUUCUACUGCUGAGCUAGGGAAAAGAGCCCCAAGAUGGAUCCGAGAUAAUGAAGUGACAAUGUGUAUGAAAUGUAAAGAAUCUUUCAAUGCACUGACGCGAAGGAGGCAUCAUUGUCGAGCAUGUGGAUAUGUGGUUUGUUGGAAAUGCUCCGACUACAAAGCUCAACUUGAAUAUGAUGGUGGUAAAUUGAACAAAGUUUGUAAAGACUGUUAUCAAAUCAUAAGUGGAUUUACAGACAGUGAAGAAAAGAAAAGGAAAGGAAUUUUAGAGAUCGAAUCAGCAGAAGUAUCUGGAAACAGUGUGGUGUGUAGCUUUCUUCAGUAUAUGGAGAAGUCAAAACCUUGGCAGAAAGCUUGGUGUGUGAUCCCCAAGCAAGACCCCCUUGUGCUGUACAUGUAUGGUGCCCCCCAGGACGUCAGAGCCCAGGCCACCAUUCCACUUCUGGGCUAUGUGGUAGAUGACAUGCCACGGAGUGCAGACCUGCCACACAGUUUCAAACUGACCCAAUCUAAGUCUGUGCACAGCUUUGCUGCAGACAGCGAGGAACUGAAGCAUAAGUGGCUGAAAGUCAUCCUUUUAGCUGUCACAGGUGAGACACCAGAUGGUCCAAAUGAGCAUCCAGGCACCUUGGAUGAUCAUCCUGAACCUAAGAAAAAAUCAGAAUGCUGAACUCAUCCGGGACCAGCCAUAGUGCGGAGGUCUCAAGACAUAAAGCUCAAGACAUUCCCAGCUCUUCUUACUCAUCUGCUAGCACUUUAUGUUGAAGAAUACAGGCUCAUAAAUGCAUCAUUUGAGGACGAUUUUCCUAUGUUUAUGUACUCCUAGUGAAAGUAGUGUACAGAGUCAUUCUACCGAUAAAGUUUUGAAAUAAUGUGAAAACUGGA